UGAAAGCUUUGAGAGAGGCCCUGAAGGCAUAGAGAAAUUAGGAAUGGCUGGCCCUGUUAAGAGAGGAAGAAAACGAAAAGAAGUAUUAAUUCAAGAGAGCCUUCAGGCUGCUGCUGGUGGUGGUGGUGGUGGACUACACCAAAUGCAACUGGAUGACCCCUUCCUACCUUCAUUUCCUCCUCAUCAGGACACAGUGAUUCUGCCUGCAAAGCAUAGGUAUCCAACUCGAGGUUCAUCUGCAGUCCCUCAUGAAUGUCCUAGUUCCACGGCUUCUCUCACUUUUCCACUUCGACACCAAAUUGGAACUCCCAAGCAAUCUUAUGUCACAGCAAAGAGGGUUUUGCUAGAGGCAAACAAUACAUUGUAUCCAGCUGGUGGAGACGUAAAACCUUUAGAAAAAUGCAGUUCAGAACUCCCUCAUCAAAUUCAGGUCUCUACUUUUCCAGCUACCUCAUUAAGUCACUCAAGUACCAGUGCUGAAAUUGGUAAAAGCAUGAAAAAUGCUGGAAGUUCUGCUUCAACCAAAGAAUGGUCUGCUCCAAUCAGCAGCGGGGACAGGCUAGAUGUGGAAAAGUUUACUGCAAAUCUCCUUUGGCAAACUGAAAGACCUGAAAAUUUCCUUCCACUUGUUCCGCUCAUUAAUGAGCGGAACUCAACUGAAAAAAAUUUGCACAUGACUGGUGCCAAUUUGGGAUCAAAUGCUAUCCAUGAAGUACCAGAGAAGAUUGCAACAAGCAGCCAUACUAAAAAAAAUAGCCAGUUAAGCAGAUGUCCAAGUUUUAACCUUUCUGAGAUGGCUCAUAUGUCCAAUGAUGAUUUUCAUGAUGAUGAGGAGGUCGAGUCAGCAAUUGAUCCUGCUUUGGUGACAGUACAUCAGUAUAGAGUGAACCAAGAAGUCGCACCCCUACUUAGGGCUAUCUUUGCAAAAUAUGGUGACAUUGCUAAAAACACCAUUCUGGAGUCUCCAAAAACCCGUAGAAUCUUCCUUGAAAUGGUCUGUGGUAUCUACCAAAAGCUCGAAAACUCUGGAAUUCUUGAUAUUUCAUCUUUUGAGCUCAAUACCUUGCUUCGUCUAAUUCAUGAUCUUGAGUGCAUGAAGCUGGAUGUCAAGUGGCUCCAUCAGAAGAUAGAUGAAAUUUCUUAUGCUAAACAUAUACUUGGGGACUAUUUUAGCCUGAAGAAAGAAAGGACUAGAAACUUUGAGUUGAUUGCAAGAAAGGAGGAAGAGCUGGGUGUCUUACAAAAGAAGAUCUUUUCGGAAAAAGUUGAGCUGGAAGCAAUGAAGAACAAGGCUGAGGAGAUCGAUAAAAAGGUUGUGGAUCUGAAGGAGAAAGCAAGUGGAUUCUGCCGAAAGUCUCUUGUGCAUGGACUCCUGUAGUUCAGCUUUGCUCGUUACUAGGCUGUUUAAACUAUUAUUGAACUUGAUUUGUAAAAAAAGUUUAAUGACACCUUUGCUGUAGAUAGACUUUUAACUUUUUACCAUGUUGAGCUCCAUGCAGCAUUUCUAGCUCUAGACUAGUUAGAAAUUAACGAAUUGCUGAAGUCAAUUUGUUAAAAUCUACUGGUAGAUACUCCUAUGGGAUGUUUAAAUCAAGUUUGCUGAUUAAAGUUUC